CGACACAAGCCAACAACUCACACACCAAGAAGAAACCAGAGCCAGCCAGCCAGCCAGCCAGCCAUGAUGCGCAUGAUGUAUCGCCCUCGAGGCCCCGCGGACGAGGAGACGCGGCCGGCGACGCCCCCCGGCAAGGCCGCCGCCAACAGCAGCAUGCUGCUCGUGCCGGACCUGCAGCCGCUGCGCAUGUGGCCGUGCCACUACGCCAAGGCCGCGGACGCGCUGGGCUUCCUCAAGGCCAUCGACCACAUCGAGGUGAACGCCACGGUCAAGCGCCACGGCAAGCUCUUGUACGCGGUGCAGGUCUUCCUCAAGAACCCGGAGAUCCGCAUCCCCACGUCGCGCAACUCGGCCACGCGCCGCUCCUCGGCGGCGGCCGACGGCGCUCCGCAGCGCCGCCACAGCGUCACGGAGCUGCCGACGACGACGACGUCUGCGCCGCAGCAGCAGGACGCCGACUACCAGGUGGAGCGCGAGUUCGCCGACUUCGUCAAGCUGCGCUACAACAUCUGGGUGCACGCGCAGCAGCCCCGCCCCGCGCGCGGUUGCAUCUACUGCGACGACAUCACGGCGUUCGUGGGCGACUCGAGCAAGCGCCCGUCGGGCAUCGUGGAGAAGCUCUGGGCCACCAAGGCCCACCGGAAAGACAUGAUGGAGGCGUACCUGAACCGCAUGGUGGCGCUCGCCAUCGGCCGGGGCGGCGACGGUCAGCGCAGUCCGCACUGCCACGGGUUCGACCACAUCCCGUACCGCCUCGUGCGCUUCCUGAAGAAGGCCGGAGAGGUCAACCAUCUGCAGUGAAGCGGCGCGCGCAGUUAAAGAGUAUUUUUUCCAGAGCAGUGGUGGCCUGCAUAGAGAGAGGAGGGCGCUGCUCUCCCACAAUGUAUCGCCGCAGGCCACAGAGAUAUACAUAUAUUUAUUGGUUUGAGAGCCC